GUGGUGACUGUGUUGGAAGAGGGAGGCAACGUGUUCUUGUACCGAGAAUCGAGGAGCAGCAAGAUGGACAGCCGCAGACACGGAGAGAGAGACAAACGGAAUGCAAUGGGAAGGGAAGCAAGGGAAGAAGACAAGUCGAGGUCAUCAUCAUCAUCAACAGUCAUCGUCGUCAGAGUCCUUCAGCGACAGUAGGGAGGAGGCUGCAAAACAUCUACUGGCCGAAGAUGUGGAGACGAAGGAGAAGAGAUGGGAGGAGGAGAGGGAGAUAAAGAGAAGAAUGGAGGAGAAGGAGGAGGAGAUGAGGAUGCUGAAGAAAAAGUUAACUGAAAAGGAAACUGAAAAGAUACUGCUUGAACAUCGGAUAAGAGAGAUGGAGAGAAGGUUGAAGAGGGAGAAGGAUGCGGAGGUGGAUGAGGCGAGGAGAUGGAUGGCGAAGGAGAGGAGGGAAGAGUGGAUGGCGUGGGAGGAGGAGAAAACAAGGUUGGAGACAGCGUGGGAACAGGAGAGGACAUCGCUGGUGGAGGCGUGGGCGAAGGAGAAGGCCAAGCUGGAGGAGGCGAAUGGAGCGUUGGGGCGGAGAGCAGAUCACUACCAGGGAGCAUCUAUUGAGCUGCAGGAGAGGAAGGAGGAACUCGAGGGUGACAUGCGCCGGUUGGAGGGAAGGAACGAGGCGCUCUUGGAGAACUAUAAAGAACUUGAGUAUUUUAGGAAGCGCUGCGGGGCCAUCCUGAGGGGCGAGAGGGUAGACACAGGCACGGUACGAGAGUUUAUCCAAGACGCGGCUGGCGAGGACGAGCUGCAGCUGCACGUGGCCGUCUCCCUGGGCUUGGACAGGCACGUAGAGGGUUUACUGCGAAGACUCAACGGCACGGAGCGGAACGACAGGCGCUGGAGCGCCCUACAGCUGGCGGUCGCUCGCGGUGACAACAAGACCGUCAGAAAAUCGUGGGACCAGCGAUCAGCCAGGGAGGAAUACCCACCCCUGCUGCACUUGGCAGCCGCUAACAGGCAGAGAGACACCGCCAAGAUGCUCAAGAAGAAGAAGAUGAAGUUGGAAGCAGAGUACGAGGGCGUGACGGCGUGGGACGUGGCCGAAGCGAUGAAGCACUGGGAGAUGACGGAUAUAUUGAACAAGAGGAACGGGCUGAUGUGUUGGAAGGACUUGGGACCGUCGCCGCGGGGUCUUCCUAACCUGGGCCAAACUUGCUACAUGAACUGUGUCUUGCAGAGCUUGUACCACCUGCAGCCACUCGCCGAGGUCUUCAGGUACGGAGAUAGCUCGGUGGAAUGUAGUGAAAAAUGGAAUGUAGUGAGGAUUGAUGUAAUGUAGAACAUGGAAUGGAAAGUAGAAGUUGGAAUGCAGUAAAAAAAUGCGGUAUAAGAUGUGGAAUGUUGUAAAAUAUAGUCAACUUCCACGCUCAUCCUCCUCCUUCUCUUCCUCCUUCUCCUCUUCCUCUUCCUCCUCCUCCUUGUU